CCCCCAUACUGGUCCGCUGGACCUGGCAUACUAUUACCACGGUCACCUGCCGCGUAUUAGAAUACCGUGACGCGCGCCGUUUCUAUCAAUUCAUUAUGGUUUUAUUGGAGACAUUGACACUCUCUCAGGAUAAACCGAUUGAGCCUUGUCAGUUCCAGCUUAUUUCGCCACACAACCGAAUAGCGGGAAAGUACAUUUGCCAUUUUGAAUGGAUCUUUGGUCUAGAAUACGAUGCUUUUCCUUACACCAGCGAACUCAAUAUAAUGUCAGUCUCGAAGGAUAUCCGAGAGUAUCUCGAAGAAGGCUACUUAAUUUUUAUUCCGACGGCUGACGUCCUGGAAAGAGCCUACGAGAUGUUGAUCUACAAUAACCAUCGUCCUCGCGAUCCCGACGAGCGCAAACGUUUUGAGGAAUUUGGUACAGGUCCAUGGGAAUAUACUAUCAUACCAGGACGAUGGGACAGAAGAACCAAGAAGAGCGAGUUCUUACCGCCUUUAUUCGAUUGUUCACCCGAUGGCACCCUAGUCCCUGUCUCUUUCGAUGAUUGUGACUACGACACUUUUCCGCGAUUCACCUCCGCUGUGCAUCCCCUCAUAGUUAUCAUGCUGCACCGCAUGAACGUACCAGACAAUCAUCCUUCCACGGCCAUUCGGGACAAGCUCAUUACACCGCUGAAGAAGGUCUUGUUCAAGUGGCCACAUUGGGAACAUAACCGUUUCCUGCCUAUGCCUAACACUAAAUUCAAGCGCGAAUACAAUGUGGGACGGGAGAUAGCUUGUCUAUGCACCUACUGUUUGGAAAAUACCUCUAGCACCUCUACUGCCUCUUCAUCCGAAUUAGAGGAUACAUGCACGGCCGAUGAAGAAGAGGUGGAGAAAGAAGGUCGCGAGGAGGAAUAUAAGGAGCUGUCUCGUAUAGCAAAGGAGAGGAUCUCAGUAUGGAGAGGGUGUUUAGAGGGAGUUGCGUCCAUCCACGAUGAUGUCAAACACGAUGAUAUGUCGGACCGUUACGCUCAGGAGUGUACGGAUGCUGCCGACAAGGUGAUGCUUAGGCAAGAGGAAGAGCGGGCCAAGCGAGAGGCACUGGCGGCAGAUAUGCAAGGGGACUUUCCGUUGAAAAAGAAAUCUAGACUUUCCUAACCGUUCAUUUGUCUUUUGUUUUGUUUGCUUUCAUAUUCCAUUGUAUUGUUGGUUCAUGAACCCGGUGGAUCUCAUUGUUUUCUGUGUUUAUAUUCCUAUCAGCAUGUAUCUGAAUCGCUAUCGUUAUGCAAAGGUCUUUGAGCUUCUUAA